AUGACUGCGUGAUCAAAGACACACCAGUACGACAGUCAACAUAGUCUGAUAACUACAGCUGCUUUGGUGCUCACACAAUGAAUUACGAAUGCCCUGCCGUCUUUAAUGACCAGUACACAAGCUCUGUUGGCGUCAUCAUCAGGUCGCAAACCCAUAACUUUGACGACACAGUGCGUCAGAUCAUAGAAACUUCAAUCAUUCCGAGAGGCGAACCGUUUACAGUUGGCGACUAUGGGAGUCAUGACGGAUCUUCAUCGAAGGAUAUUCUCGAACACCUACUAGGCGCCCUCAAGCAGCACCAUGGAGAAGACCUCCCUGUCCAUAUAAUCUACGAAGACACCGUCAAUAAUGACUACAAUGCCUUGGUUAAGAAGGUUUGCUGUAAUUGGAGAGAGUCACCUAACCACCAAAAGGUCUUUCUGUCCAUGUGCCCCACCAGCUUCUAUGAGCAGUGUGUUCCUGACAACACGUUCCACGUGCUCCUCAGUUUUUGGUCUGUUCACUUCCUGCCUAGUUCUGUAUGGUAUAAAGAUUCCUUGAAUACGUUUCCUGACGGCUCACGUGCUGAAUGCGAUGCUAUAGCGGCUUUGGCGUGCGAUGGAUGGCAACGAUUCCUCCUCAUUAGAGCAAAGGAAAUCAAAAGUGGUGGGUGUAUGUUGCUGAUAGUUCCUGCACAAGAUACAGACAUGAAAUAUGGUGAAAGCAGAGUUCAUUUGCAGAACCUGUGGGUAGCCAUGACGACAGUGUGGAGAUUGUUAAGGGAUCUGCAUCAAGUGACAGAGUGUGAGUACGAGGCAGCCAACUACCCCGGCUACUACAGGAAUGAGGAGGAACUAAGAGCUCCUUUUCGUGACGACGCCUCCCCGGUUGUCAAGGCUGGACUGCGAAUAAAGUCCCUAACACUAACCCACGAAAAAGUCCACAUCUUGACGCAGAGGUGUAAAGACAAAGAGCAAGAAACAGAGGAUAAGGAUGACCUGGAAAGUUCUGUUUCUAAAUUCGUCUCAACAAUCCGAUCCUGGACGGAAUAUAUGUUCAUGCAGGCUCUUUCCAGUAGAUCCCCCGACUCCAGGCGGGAUGUGGUCAACACAUUCUAUGACCUGCUGGUUGAACAUAUUAAGCAGCAAGACAUCUCCACCUGUGGAUGGGAUAACGUUAUAGGCUAUGUCGUCAUCACGAAGAAGUAGAAGAGAAGAAGGGCUAGUUCCCGAUAGCUACUUCGCCAUAUUGAGGUCUGACAGUAACUUGAUUAUUAGAACAAGAACUACUCCACACUAGCACCACCACCCCUACAGUUUGACACCAUACUGUGCCUGCUGACACCAUCCUCUCCAACAGAAGCAACAAAAGCAACACAGUCAGUCUCAUCUUACCCAGCAGCAAACCCCAGUAACGACACUGGUACAUGUCCCCAAAUAUACAGGCCAGCAGGAUGCUAAGUUAUCGAAAUAUCUACAAUUCGCACUCCCAAUUCUGUAGAAUUCUGCCCUUCUACCCAGGUGGAGCUGCUAAAGUGUGGUUCAAGGACCUGACUGCGUAUACACAGCUGGACACACAAGCGGCCUUUCAGCAAAUAAUUUUGACGUUCAUCAGCCUUCGAUUCGAGUCCAUCUCCAUAUGACGCAGACGGAGCAGGAGAACGUUGAAGACUUCAUCACCAGUGUCCAGGCAUCUGCGUUACAAUACAGCUUACCACAAUCUGAGAUAGGGCUACUCCCACAGAUUAGGCUGUGGGUGUAUAUGAAGGAGCCAUCGACCUUGGAUGCGGUUCGUCAGGCCAACACAACGGCCAGAUUGGUCCAACAAAUUAAGCAAUUGACGACCCUCUGAUGUACAAUCAAUACCAACAAUCACAGAAGCAAUAACAAUCAUCACUUGAACAAUACCAAGCAAAACAGCAACAGUACCAACCACAGCUGCAGUGCCAACCACAACAACCACAAUAGCAGCCUCUGUAGGAAAAAUAUCAACCACCACAGGAACAAUACCAACUAUCACCACAGCAAUACCAGCCACCCCCAUAGGAGUAUCCAGCCCCAGCAACAGUCAAGGGCUGCCACUUCCACAACACCUUAGAGGCAAAGAUAUGUAUGCAUGCAUACUAUGCACAAUAUGGAAAGAUUCUGGGACUUGUACCUGAUACUCAACAUUCUGGCGUCAGGCAAGACUCAGCGUUUGUAGCACUUGUGCCUCCCUUGACCAAGAACACUGUUCAUAGUAAGAUGCAAUAAGUGGGAACUACAGCUCUUGUUAACACAGGUGCAUCAGUUAGCUGUGUCAGCAUGGACUUCUUUCACAAAAUUGGCAUCAAACCCUGUCAUUUAGGCCCAUGUCACCUCACCCAAAUUAUAGAUGUAGGUGGACAAAAACAAUUCUGUGUUAAGUUCUGUCUCUCUUGACAUUUACAUAGGGCACAUCUACCUCUCUCAAAUCUUUCACGUCCUUUAUUACUUACAUCACUCCCUCAGCUUAGGCACUGACUUCAUUGAAUUAAACAAAGUUACAGUAGACCUGCCCUCGGGGAACCUUCACAAGGUCUUGUGUCAGUCUUUCUUGUGUCAUAGAGACUGAUUUACGACACCCAUUGUCUGAAGAACGUUUGAUUGCAAAGGCUCAUUACCCUGGAGCCAUGACAUCUACAUGCCUUGAAACAUUUAAUUGCUGUUAUAUAUAAGAUGCUAAUCCUAUUUGUUAAUCCCCAUUUGUGUGUACAGAACUAGAUGUGCAAGUAUGCCACUGAUGAUUUACUCUUUACAUUUAUAUUUAUUACUUACUAAAUGUCAGGUGACCUUGGCUAUAUAAGAUUUGGUCCAGAGAGAUUGACAAAAAGAAGAAGAAAGGUCUUACCCUUAGCCUAGCUAGGGUUAGGCAGGGUGC